CUUGUGACUCAGAAUUCUAACUCUGAAAACUCCAAUUCAGUUUCUAGUCCUAUUGUUUCUUUUCCUAAACAUUUGAUGAUCUCAAUGGGUAAAGAAGGCACAAAGCCAAGUCUUAGUGAUUCCUUCUCAAAAACAGUUGGAUCUUUUGCUGCCCACACUGUGCAAGGUGAUCAGUGGUUGGUCAUGGAGGUUGAAGAAGAUGUUUCCUAUUCUGGGUCUGCAACAUCCUCCUCUCAAGAAGAUUCAACAACUUCAUCAAUAACAUCUUCGUCUUCGUCGGACUUUACAGAGGAUGCCUCUUCUUCGACAUCGUCUUCAUCAUCGCCCCCACAGUCUUCUAAUGGACCCUUGUUUGAAUUAUCAGAGCUAAUGGCUCAGCUCCCCAUCAAAAGAGGGCUAUCUAAGCAUUAUCAGGGGAAGUCUCAGUCUUUUACAUCUCUGUCUAGUGUGAGGUGCUUAGAUGAUUUUGCAAAAAGAGAGGCUCCUUGCAAAAAGAAAAUGAAGACAUGUAAGAGCUAUGGAGGUGGGUUAGAUACCCGGAAAUCAUGUACUCCUAAGGCUGUCAUAUCAAAGAAACCAUCAAGGGGUUCUGCUUCUUUAAUUGGUAAGAGACGUAGCUUCAUGGGUUCAAGUUGUAGACCUCCACUUCCUGUACAAAAGAAUCAAUGUAUUUAAUCUCAUGGACAGUUUUAAUUAUGUUUCCCCACCUACUUUGCAUUUGUUAAUAACAAAAUUAAAGAAAGAAUUGGUUAAAUUGCCAAAAAGAUGUUCAUUCGUCAGAAAUAGAAGAUCAGCAAGAAAGAACAAUCGAAAAACCA